AUGAAGCCCUUUCUCCCUGGGCCUCAGCACGCAAAGUCUAAGACCAAGCAACGAGACUCAACUGCAAUUCCUCAAUACGCCCCCAAAACCAGGCUGAAUCCGAGGUCCCCCAUACCUGUGAGCUCACCACGUUCAUACCCCAACGACUUUGAUUCUCAGGCUGAGACCGAAUACAAUCGAACCGACGUCGAAGACUACCGCGUGGAGUCCGAGCUGGAUUACAACAUGUCUGGAGGUCGCCGAGCAGAUAAACCAUCCAAAAUGCAAGACUUCAACCGAGGACCGGACCAGAAUCGAGGCAGUCGACCCGAGUUGCGGACGCCUCCCCAACGACACAACGACGAUCCACAUUUCUCUUCAUACGGUCCGGAUGAAAUGAACCAACAUUUUCAGGAGACUUCCUUGCAAGACUCACCACCAUUUCCCGUGGACGGUCCGUCGCUAUACGAACAGAUUCAUGUGCUUCGAUUGCAGAACGCUUCAGUGACAUACGAUUCGAGCUCGCGCAAUGCAUAUGUGCAUGACCCACAUGGGAGAAACACGUCUCCUCUCUCCUCUUUGAGAGGGUUCGGUCCAGAUUUUGACCCCGAGAAACCCAACCACGAUGAGAUCAAAGCUAUCGACCAUGCCCUCGCCCAUGUCAUCAACACUGGAGGCAGGGUUCAAUUCUUGCCCUUCGACUGUCGUCCCCACCUAGACUCCAAUCCCCUCCUCGUGUGCAAUGGUUGCUCGCGUUCCUUUCACACAGUCAUAGACCGGGACAAUCACAUGGGAGCGGGAAAACUCCCUUGCCCGAAGUGCAAUGCGUUUUUUGAGUGUCCGGUUCAAAUGGAAGGCCAUCUGAGUAUGGUCCAUCGGCACCAUCGCGGCUCGACUCAUCCAGGCACCCCAAGCACUGGGUAUUCUGAGCCCUUUACCCCCCGCAACGAAAACCAGGGAGGUUGGAACAAGGGUGCAAGUCGCUGA